UUCUGACUUCAGAGUUCGGAUUUCAGACUUCAGAGUUCAGACUUCAGAGUUCAGACUUCGGAUUUCAGACUUCAGAGUUCAGAGUUCAGACUUCGGAUUUCAGACUUCGGAUUUCAGACUUCAGAUUUCAGAGUUCAGAGUUCGGAUUUCAGACUUCAGAGUUCAGACUUCGGAGUUCGGAUUUCAGACUUCAGAGUUCAGAGUUCAGACUUCGGAGUUCAGAUUUCAGACUUCAGACUUCAGAUUUCAGAGUUCAGACUUUAGACAUAAUAAAAAGCCACGUCAUUACACGUCAUUUCCGCACUUUCAGUUCAGUGAUUAGUACGCCAUGGGAAAGGGCAUGUAUUCUUGGAUGUUAUUGAUCUUUAUACUAUGGUCUUGUUCUAUUGUCGAUCCAGUACUUGCUGUGUUGCCAGUUGACAAGCAAAGAACUCAGGUGUUUCAAGUAAAGUUGGAUCUAAUACAACAUUACUUCUGUCGUGGAUACAAGUACAAGGAAAUUUUAGCUACACUUUCGGUCAUUCAUGGAAUAAGAAUAAGUUAUAGACAAUUAAAACGACUGUUAAAGCGAAUGAGCUUAUUUAGAAGAGGUCCAGAGUCUCAAAUUGAAACGAUUAUAAGUGCCAUUUUAAAAGAAAUAUCUGGAAGUGGUCGAUGUUUGGGUUAUAAGACUAUGUGGUGGCGGCUUAAAGAUUUCUAUGGAUUACAUGUACGUAGAAAAACUGUUCUUCGUUUGAUGUGGAUAGCGGACCCAGAAGGUAUGCAGAGACGAAAGGCCAAGCGUCUACUUCGUCGCCAAUACUCAUGUCCUGGUCCUGACUUUAUCUGGCACAUCGACGGAUAUGAUAAAAUUAAACCCUUCGGAUUUGCAAUUCACGGGGCAGUAGACGGAUUUAGUAGAAAGAUUAUAUGGCUUGAGUUGGGUCCAAGCAAUACCGAUCCAAAAAUAAUAGCUCGAUAUUUUUUAAACAGUGUAAAGGAAAGUGGUGCUUGCAGAGUUCCAGCAGUGAUACGCAGUGAUCUGGGUACAGAAAAUAGAAUAAUUCGACAGUUGCAAAUAUAUGUCCGUUUGCACCACCAUGAUGAUCAUUCAGCUUGAAAAGGCUUCAUUCAAGGUAAAAGUACCUCAAAUCAAAGAAUAGAAUCCAUGUGGAGCAUGCUUAGAUGUCAGUGCAUGGACUUUUGGAUAAGUUUUUUCAAAGACUUGCGAGACACAGGUAUCUAUUGCGAUGGUGAUAUGUUCCAAAGACAAUGUUUAAUGUAUUGUUUCACACCUGUUAUACGAAGUGAAUUAAUUAAAUUUACGAAUGAGUGGAAUUCACAUGAUAUUUCUAAGGGGAAAACAGAUGGACCACGAGGUAAACCUGAUAUCAUGUAUACAUUACCUGAACUAUAUAACACUAAGAAUUAUAGCCACAACGUUAACAAAGAAGAAGUUGAUGUAUGUACGGAAAUAUAUUCGAAACCACCUAACCUUGAAGGCUGUUUUCCUGAAUUCUGCCGAUUGUUCAAAUGUUGUUAACCGACAACGCCGACCACAGCAGAUGAAUCAUUUGAUCUAUAUCUAGAAAUAAUUUCGCAGAUUCGAAAUUAUCUAUAAAACGAAAUAAAAUUUGACUUGACUAAAUUGCCUCAUUCUGAGCCCACAUUUUUAAACUUGACCUGAAGAUCAUUUAGAUACAGUAUAAAUAUAGAGGAUAUCACAUGAGUGUCUUUUCAUAUUGAAUUUAUUAAAUGAGUUUGAUAAAAUGAUGGAUUACGGGGCUCGGUCGAGCAUGUUAUCGUCAAUGAGUUUAAUAAGUUCAAUGUUAAAAGACACGAAUGUAAUAUUCUUUAAUAUCACAUGUUAAUUUAAAGGGGAUGUCUUCCAGAAUAUGAGUAUUUUUCUUUUCUUCGGGAAAUUUAUUUCUGGACACACUGAGAUCGUAAGAACAAAUUAUUGAAUAAACUGAAUUUAAUAAAUAAAAGAGUGUCACCAGCAUGGCUCGAACUCACGCAUAUAGUUCCAAACUCCUGACGCCUCGACAGACUGCGUCACAAUAACUGUUGAUUAAGACGGAACUAAGUUCAAUUUUAUACAAAUCAACUUAUACCGUAGCGCUACGCUAUAGAUUUAUAGAUGUUUUGUUAAUGCAGUCCAAAUAUGUAGUUUUAUCAUUGUAUGACACUUUGCUACUAAAUAAUGUUAACUUUGAUGAUUACGUGAUGUUUAAUUAUAUUUGAAUGUAUGUAUUUUGUGACCAUGUGCAUUUUGUACACGUCUUAUAUGAAUAAACUAUCUAUCUAUCUA